GAACAAGCUAAUUAAAACAAAAACACCUUCCAGUAAAUAAUAGUUGCAUUCUAAUCAGUAUAGUAAUAAUUCUUUUUUUUCAAACAAAAAAAGCGUCUCAUUUAAACAGUUAAUCAAUAAACUGGUGAUUUAUUUCAACAUUUUUUUUACAUGUAAUAAUUGUAAUGAAUAAUUUUGAAUUAUAAAAUAACAACAACCAUAGUAACAGCUGAUCAUUAUUCUACUCAUAAAUGAAUUGAUGAUUUGUUUUGAACAAUUCAAUGAAAAUGUUUAAAAGAAUAUUGAAACUUGACAAGUCAUAUAAGCAUUUCCAAACAGAAAAUCCGAUAGAUAUACUCUCUGAACGAGAAAGAUGCAUAGAUCGUCGUCCAGCUUGGAUAAAAGAAAUAUGCGCAUUCCUUAUGAUAGCAAGCCAUUAUGGUAUACUUAAUGUUGGUGCUCUAUUCUACCCUGGACUAGAAGAAGCAUUAGAAGUUUCAAUUAGUUAUUUAUUUUGGCUUAUGACUGGACAAUUUGCAAUAACAUGUUGUUUAGCACCAUUAUAUAAUCGUUUAUUGGAUGUAGUAGCCACUAAACGUGCUACUAUUGUUGCUGUGAUGAUAACCAGUAUUGCUAUGAUUGCUUCAGUAUUCAUUAAUAGUUAUUGGGGAUUUUUAAUAACGUAUACUUUAAUUGGAGGCGUCGGAAUGGGUAUCAGUAUUGUUCGUAUUAUAGCCAUCAUGGCAGGAUACUUUGAUCGGUAUAGAAUAUUGGCUUUGGCUAUUUGUAGUAGCGGUGGCGGUUUCGGGACAUUAUUCUAUACUCUACUAUGCAAUUAUAUGAUUGAAAAUUAUACCUGGCGUAUGGCCUUAAUUUCAUUAGCUUUAUUCCAUCUUAAUGUUAUUCCUUUAAGUUUAUUACACAAACCAUUACCUCUUGAACCAAUUCAAGAACCCGUCAUCUUACUACCUAACGAUCCAGUAGCGUCUACAGUUUGUUUAAAAUCUGUUACAGGCCCACCAAAUACAUAUGAAUCAUUUAUAAGUACAACUGGUGGCAGUAUACUAACCGGCAUUGAUAAUACUGUACAAAAAAAUACAUCAGAGGCAAUAGAUUCACGGAUAACCGGACAAAAUAUAAUUGGUGUUGUGGAGUUUGUCAAAAUUACUUAUGACAAAACUAAUUCAAAUCAGAUUACGGUUAGUCCAAUCAAUUUUAUCAACGACCCAGAACCACAUUUAUUAGAACGAAUUCAGACAAUAGUUGAUGAUUAUUUUGACAACGCGGAGAAUAUUAAGCCAGAAGUAAUCCCACAUCCCAGUCUCACUCUGUUUCUUCCAAUCAUAUUUUUAGUAUGUGAUCAGCUGAGCGACUUUAAAACUAAUCUACCAGAGUCACAAUUCCUAGUUGAUAGUCGUUUAAGUGGAAUCGAUAAAUUAUUCACUGAUCAUGUUACUCACACGGGAUCAACUGCAUUUAUCAAUUCUCAAGCAAGUGUGGAACAAACACCUAAUGUAAAUAAAUCUACAGCUGCAAUAACAAUGGCUCAGACAAAGAAGAAAACAACACCAUUUUUUGGUGAUUCAUUUACUUCGAGCGUAAUUCAAGCUCAUGAUACUAAAUACACUGAAAAUCUAAUAAGUGCAGUUAUUAAACGUGCUCUUGUCAAGGUAGAGGAAAUUUCAAAAGAGUUAACUUCAAAAAGUCUGUUGGUUCAUCCAAAGCCACUUACUGUGAUUGUAGAGGAAAAAUGUAUUGAUUCGAUGAAUCCGAAUUUCUCAUCAGAUUAUCGUUCUUAUGCUUUAAAGAAUAUCAAGCCUACUGAAGAUACAAUUUUUGAAGAAAAUGAAAUCGAUUAUCAAACUGACGAAGAUGGGAACUCUGAUAAUACGCCAUCUACCAAAGAAUCUACAUACAAUAAUUCACAAAAUAAAAUAACUUCAUCUGAGCACCAUUUUGCGAAUUCACAUUUAAACUUGGAUCAUCCAAAACUUUCAUAUGAGUCUCGAGGAUAUAUUGAUCAAAUGAUACGAAGUGGAACUACCAUUUACCAAAGUCAAGCUGUCAUGGUACCAUUAUACAAGUGUAAAGAUUUGCCUGGCAGAACUAGACUUUUAUCGUUAACUUCAGUGGACGAGCCUAAAGAAGCUGUUGACUUAAUGAUUUCUAAGAUAAAGGAUGAGAAAGUUGGAGAUUCAUUUGGUUAUGAGAUAAAGAAAAGGAGAAUGUCGUUCAUUAGCUUGAAAAAUAUUCUUUUUCUUAGCUUCCUCAUCAAUCGUUCUUUUAGUUAUAUGGCUGAUUCCAUACUAUAUGGUCAUUUCAUUAAUUUUGGUAUAAGCAGUGGAUUGAAGGAGGAAAAAGCCAACGGUUUACUUGCUUACGUCGGAUUAUCAAAUAUGUUAAGCAGAAUAGCAAUUGGACUUAUUGGACAUUUUUCGAGAAAAUUAGAUAUUCGUUUCCUUUCAGCCGCUUGUUUAUUUAUUAUAUCGAUACACACCAUUAUUAUGCCAUUCUAUCCAACAUAUUCAUCUUUAAUUGCCUACGGCAUAUCUUAUAGUAUUUUUGUAGGACCAAGUUUUGCAUUUUCACAUGCAAUGGUUAUUGAUAUUAUGGGUGACAAAAAGGUAGAUAGAAGUUUAUCUAUGGUUCUUUUUUUUGAGGCAACUGGUUAUUUAAUUGGUGGACCACUAGGAGGUAUAAUCAAAGAUCAAACUGAAAACUAUGCAUAUACAUUUCUAUUCUCUGGAUUAUGUAAUAUUAUUUCAGCUACGAUUAUAACUGUCCAUGCAAUAAUCAAAUUUAAUAUAUUCAAAAGAUUGAAACAAUGUUGUUGCAAGCAUAAUGAUUGACUGUUAUUCUAAAUAAUAAAUUAAUUUCUUAUAUAGAGAAUGAACAGGUAAAGUAAUGACACUACCAUUUAUACCAUUUAGUAGUUUACUAGAAAAUAAGUAGUUUCUCUCUUUUAUUUUUAUAUUGUUCGAUGAAUUUCAUCAUUUUUGAAUUGUUUGUAUAUCAUUCACUUUCAAAUAUAUAAUGAAAAAUUUGUCAA